GACCGAGGUCCGGAUCUCGUACUCAUAUGUAGUUACAGCUCUGUGUGUGCAGGUUAUGCUUUUAAUAUGACUGAAGGCUCUACUACCGACUGAAGCGAUGCGCUCGCCUUCAACCACCAAUUUCACGGCGCUGUUUGUUUGCGCAUGGCCAGUCGCUCUCGAGGUCUUUCCGUCUCACUCGCAACCGGCAUCUUUGUACAAAAAAAAUCUUAUCACUGGUGCAUCAACACCUGGGGUAGGUUUUUCGUUAUUGUGUUUAAUAUUGAUAUAUCAAGAGAGGAGUCGGCCGUUUGUUUUUUUAUGCAUAGGAUGUUUGUUAUAGUAUUGUAGGCUAAUGUGAUUAUUGUUGAAUAUUUGUCCUCUUUGAUUCAUUGACGCAUAGGCCUAUAUAUAGAUAUCGACCUCUUAAAACGUAACAUUUCAUCUAAUAAAUAGGCAACGUUAUUGUGAUGGUCAUCAAGGUCAUCCCAGUGUUGAUUGUGCACUGUUUUUAAAAACUAUUAAACCUCUAUCGUGUGUUAAAAUUGAAGGGAUUUCAUGAUAUAUAGGCCUAAUUCAUAUAGAAAAUGUGUCAGUAGCCGACUGUUUGAGGUAAAUAUUUAGCCUACAGCCUAUUGUCACACAGCUAGACUCUCGUCAAUCUCUAGAUCUGGUAGCCUACAAUUAGCAGAUGAGAUAUGAUUAUGAUAAUGAAAAAGGUUGUUCUUGUUAAUACUAUAUCAACGUUUUUUGACUCUCUCCACCCUUUUUAAUGAUAAUCGGAGCAUCUGUGUUACCAGCAGUAGCACUACAUGGUGGCGUUCCAUCGAGGUUAAAUGGUUGGAGGGAUGCAUUUAUUCCCAAAUAAAUAGUCUACAAUCUGCGAAUCAACAGUGAAGUGUUUAAUAUACGUAUAAUUAAAAUAGCCUGCAUGGAUCAGUAAAUGCUGGUUUGGAUUGUUAACAUUGCCAGCGUUCAAUGUGAUUAGUGCACUUCUAGGCAGUGAUUUUCCUGAUUAAGGAAUGCGCUCUCCAUGACCAAGGUUUACACACUUCAACGCUUUAAUUUGAAAUACUUAUUGUUUUGUGACGACUGCAUAUGUUAUUCUAUCUCAUUUAAAUAAAUAUAUUGUGGCCUUUGCUAACCUAGAAUAUUCUAUUUCGAUUUAAAUUACGCUUAGAUUUCACUAAAUAUGGUGGACUAUUCAAAUUUGGGAGGCAGGCACUGCAUGCGUAAUAAGCCUACAUGUCAAUGUCUAUUUCAUUAUUUCAUAAAUUUCUGCAGGUGUUCAGCAAAAUAAUUAAGGGUGGCAUAAUUUAACGACAUGAGCAGAUCCACUGAAUGUCGAUGGAGUCUGUGAAAUCCGUAGAGCUCCAUGAUUUGGGGGAUGGGGACAAGCGCGCAGCCUGCGAGGCCGCUACAACUCCGGGACAAGGUCCUCGGACAGCGCCCAGAGCUGGAAUCGAGAACACGUCAUAUCAGGAAGAAGAGCACGAGAUGAGGUUCAGUGACCCAGCCAGCUCGAGUGUUCAUCGGUCCAUGUCUAAUGAUAGGGGCUACCAGACACAACCCCAGCCUUUCCAGCGAAAUGAGCUGUCACCCCGGUCUGAGGAGGGCCAUGUGACUGACUUCAAUGACCAUUCUGUCGACUAUGGGUUCAUAUCUGCCCUGGUGUUCUUGGUGGGUGGAAUAGUACUGGUAAUCAUUGCCUAUACCAUCCCCAGAGAGGCUAAGGUCAACCCAGACCUGGUGUCAGCUCGUCAGAUGGAGAAACUGGAGAUGUACUACGCACAACUGGGCUCGCACCUCGACAAGUGUAUCAUAGCAGGCCUGGGACUGUUGACUCUAGGGGGAAUGCUCUUGUCCAUCUUGCUAAUGGUGUCCAUAUGCAAAGGUGAGCUGUACCGCCAGAGGACUUUUGUCCAACCCAGGAAGACGUACGGGUCGAUUCACCUGCGGAUGAGACAGUUGGGCGAGGGGGGAGAAUCUAUUGUUGAAUGUGAACCUAGUCACACUGGCACCACAGCUCCAGCCAUAAGUACAGAUGGAACACAGAUGUCCAGUGGGACCCAACAGGAGUAGCACAAUCUGAGCACAUUUCUAUCCACAGACUAUGUGAAGGGUUGUAAUCAUUGCUUGAGGGGCUUUGUGAAAAGUGAAGCAAGCAAGGUAAGCUGAAUGUGGUUAAGACUAAGAGCACAUCUGGAACUACACAUCAUGUAUUGUUGGAUGUAGGAUCAAAUCAGAGACUGAGAUGGAACUGAAAAGCACAAUGGGCACCCUUGAGGAACUCAUUGUAUAGGCUAACUUGACAUGCUGUAAACAGAUGGCUAUCAGCAUCUUUUCAAGACUUGAAUAUAUGUCUGGAUAAUAUAUUUAUCACAUUGUUAAUGAACAAAACAUGUACAAUAUGUAUAGGCCUACAAAUGCUGUUGUUGUUAUUGUUAUCAUGUAAGGAUACAAUGCCUUAAAAAGUUAGUCACUGUAAAUUGUGGUGUACACAUAUGCUAACAUUCUAAGCUCAUGUGAGCCAAUAAGCCAAGUUAAAUAUGUAGCAACUCACUGGAGCCACUUAACCUGUUGGUUGUUAUUAUAACGUGGUCUUGGCAAGAAAAUACAGCAGCACAAACAAUAACAUCGAAGCAAGUGAAAUGUUAGAUAUGCAUCAGAGGCUUUGGGCCAGGUUUUUGAUGAAUUUAAGAAAACAACAGAUUAUUUUAUUUACAUUUACAUUACAUUUAAGUCAUUUAGCAGACGCUCUUAUCCAGAGCGACUUACAAAUUGGUGCGUUCACCUUAUGACAUCCAUAUUUCAUAAUGAUGUGGAAAUAUAUAUACCAAAUGUGGAGAACCGGCAACAACUUUUCCUCCAAAAUGUGUUAAAGGAGAUUGUCCACACACACAUACCAUCAUGCAAGGUCUUGACCAAAGAAAUGGGGUCAUAAUUAUAUACUAUAAGUGUCCCAGUUGUUUGCUACAAAUUUAGCCUUUAUCUUUAAAAAUACAUUAGAGCCAUUUGGUAACAUAGAUCAUAUAUCAUAGAAGUCCUUAUGAAACUUUGCAAUGGAAUUAAUGGAGCUGGAAGAAUAAAUCUCUCUCUUUCUCUCUCCCCCCUCUCUUUUCAAAUCAGCAUGUUAAACAGCAGCAGCACAAUAUUUAUUUAUUAUAAAUAUCAAACAUUCAUGAUAGUUAAAUAUAUCGCCUCCAGAUAAGUUAUUAUCCAAAUGAAAUAUUAUUACAGACCAAAUUAUUUAAUGCAAACCAAAGGCCUUUUCAAAUGAUUUAAUGGAGAAAGCUAAUCACUUAUAAAGAAAGUGGUAAGAACAAAGUACUAGUAUACAGAUGAUGAUUUUCUUACCAUCUGGUGAUGCAUUACAUAUAGAGCAACUGAAUGAGACAAUUUAUAAAGCUCAGAAAGCAUAUUCAUGAUUUAAAGCUAAGGCUCCUUUAACAUCAACUGAGGCUAAGGAUUUGGCAAUUUGUCUUCUCUUACAAUUCAAAUGCGAAGUUGAUAUCCAUUCAGUGUAUGUAAUAAAUGUAAUAGCCCAACAUAAAAACACAUCUAAAUCAGAGUGUAUUAGUCACAUGCACAGGGUUAGAUGUGUUUGCAGGGUACAUUGAUAUUCGUAUGCUCAGAGCUCCAACAAUGCAGGUCAAAGAGAAGUGAGUGAAACAAUAAUAACAAAUAGUAAUAGAAAUAAUACUAAGUAAAAUAAUAUAUAAUAAUCAAAAAAAUCAAAUGCUGUGUUGUACACUCAUUGUUGGUCUAUAUUGGCAAGAGCACUUUUGGAAAGGAGGAGCACAUUUUCCUGGAAGAAAUUACAAAUAUCUGGCUUACUGCUAUUAGCCAUAUAUACUGUAAGUUAUGUAAAGGUGGCCAUUGUUUUAAUUUUAAAUCAUGGAGUUAAUAUUAUAUUCACAACAAAUAUAGACAAUAUAUCAGAGAAUUAAGUUUACAGAUAUUUAACAACUAUUUAUAUACAUAUAUAUACAGAACCAUUGUUGGAUCAAUGUAUCGUAGAAAAUAUUUGACCUCCACAAUUGCUGCUGUUCACAUCAUAGGCCUACUCAUAAGUAUUGUACAUUGAUGAAACUUGCAGAGUAAUCUAGUCGUAGAUAUCAGUUCAAGGUUUUAGGAGGCUUUUUCUUAUAAUGGUGUUUUCAACAAUCAAUAAAGUGUCUGUCUAUAGGUUAUGACCAAGAGUAAUGUUGCAUUGCUUGUUAUUCAAACUGUUAAAUAGAGAGGAUCCGUUGAAUGUCCAUGUUAAUCUGAUUGUGUUUGAUGAAUGUUAGGUAAUGUUGUAUUACUACAGAGAUGUUGGACUCAUAAAGGCCCUGCUAGUCUAAGUUUUCAGUUAUUACACGUGAAUACAUACAACUGGAAUAUGCACAACUGGAAUACACUUCAAUACCUUCUCACUUAGUUUGGGUACCAGUCUGUUUUUGCCGUCAUGCCACUCUUUGCCACUCUUUGUCAUGCCAAAAACGACAAUGAGUUGACAUGAUAGCACCAACAUGAUCUGGGACUAGGCUACUUCUCACUCAAGGAUCAUGAAUGAAUGUAAACUAUCCCAAAAGGUGAACAACUGUGGCAUCACAAUAAUACUCACAGUAUUCAUAUUAUGGUUGAUGCAAUACUGAUGUAUGUUGACAUUUGAUGAUUGAAUGACGGUUAGCAUGAUAUCAUCUUCACAUUUUACACACAAAAACCACACAAGAACUUAUGUUAUCACAAUUACAGUUGAAGUUGGAAGUUUACAUACACCUUCGCCAAAUACAUUUAAACUCAGUUUUUCACAAUUCCUGACAUUUAAUCCAAGUCAAAAUUCCCUGUCUUAGGUCAGUUAGGAUCACCACUUUAUUUUAAGAAUGUGAAAUGUCAGAAUAAUAGAGAGAAUGACUCAUUUCAGCUUUUAUUUCUUUCAUCACAUUCCCAGUGGGUCAGAAGUUUACAUACACUCAAUUAGUAUUUGGUAGCAUUGCCCUUUAAAUUGUUUAACUAUGGUCAAACAUUUCGGGUAGCCUUCCACAAGCUUCCCACAAUAUGUUGGGUGAAUUUAGGCCCAAUCCUCCUGACAGAGCUGGUGUAACUGAGUAAGGUUUGUAGGCCUCCUUGCUCGCACACGCUUUUUCAGUUCUGCCCACAAAUUGUCUAUAGGAUUGAGGUCAGGGCUUUGUGAUGGCCACUCCAAUACCUUGACUUUGUUGUCCUUAGGCCAUUUUUCCACAACUUUGGAGGUAUGCUUGGGUCAUUGUCCAUUUGGAAGACCCAUUUGCGACCAAGCUUUAACUUCCUGACUGAUGUCUUGAGAUGUUGCUUCAAUAUAUCCAUAUAAUUUUCUUGCCUCAUGAUGCCAUCUAUUUUGUGAAGUGCAGCAGGCCCUCCUGCAGCAAAGCACCCCCACGAAAUGAUGCUGCCACCCCCGUACUUCACGGUUGGGAUGGUGUUCUACAGCUUGCAAGCCGCCCCCUUUUUCCUCCAAACAUAACAAUGGUCAUUAUGGCCAAACAGUAAACAUUUUGUUUCAUCAGACCAGAGGACAUUUCUCCAAAAAGCACAAUCUUUGUCCCCAUGUGCAGUUGCAAACCGUAGUCUGGCUUUUUUAAUGGAGGUUUCGGAGCAGUGGCUUCUUCCUUGCUGAACGGCCUUUCAGGUUAUGUCGAUAUAGGACUGGUUUUUACUGCGGAUAUAUAUACUUUUGUACCUGUUUCCUCCAGCAUCUUCACAAGGUCCUUUGCUGUUGUUCUGGGAUUGAUUUGGACAUUUCACACCAAAGUACGUUCAUCUUUAGGAGACAGAACGUGUCACCUUCCUGAGCGGUAUGAUGGCUGCAUGGUCCCAUGGUGUUUAUACUUGCGCACUAUUGUUUGUACAGAUGAACGUGGUACCUUCAGGCAUUUGGAAAUUUCUCCCAAGGAUGAACCAGACUUGUGGAGGUUUUUCUGAGGUCUUGGUUGAUUUAAUUGGAUUUUCCCAUGAUGUCAAGCAAAGAGGCACUGAGUUUGAAGGUAGGCCUUGAAAUACAUCCACAGGUACACCUCCAAUUGACUCAAAUUAUGUCAAUUAGCCUAACAUAAGCUUCUAAAGCCAUUAAUUCAUUUUCUGGAAUUUUCCAAGCUGUUUAAAGUCACAGUCAACUUGUGUAUUUAAACUUCUGACCCACUGGAAUUGUGAUACAGUGAAUUAUAAGUAAAAUAAUCUGUCUAUAAACAAAUGUUGGAAAAAUUACAAGUGUCAUGCACAGAGUUGAUGUUGUAACCGACUUGCCAAAACUAUAGUUUGUUAACAAGAAAUUUGUGGAGUGGUUGAAAAACAAGUUCAAGUGUAUAUAAACUUCCGACUUCAACUGUACAUUAUCAUCAAGGUAGCCACCACACUGUUUUCCAAACAAUCCUGUUUGUUUUGGAUUCAUCUUAAAGUGUAUAAAUGCCCUCAAUGUUAAAAAAAGCAAGGACACAAAACCUUUAAGGAAGUGGAUACAUCCCGAGACCUUGGAAAACUGACCAGUGAUGACUCAAUUGAUUUUAAGUUAUUAAGCCAUGAUAAUGAUCAGCACAGCAAAAUGAACUAGCAUGUUUAAGGAUCAGUAAAGGACAACUUUGUGUACCAUCGACUGUUAGCCAAUGUGUGUCUUGUUCUUAAGGAGCAGUCAUACAGUUACUUAGUAAUGAAGUCUUAUGUGGCGAUAGAAGAGUAACAGAGAGUAAGCUGUUGAAACUGCAUGUGUGUUUUGUGAGAUAUUGUGAAAAUCCAAUGCCCCAUUUUUGUUGCAUUUAUGAUAUAUCUAAGAGCUGUAUAUGUGACCAUUUUUAAGAAUAAUUUCAGUAUGACAAAUAAACCUUUGUUGCUCUUGUU